AUGAAGCACAUCGACAUCAAGUUUCACUUUUUGCGUAAAAAGGUUGCAAGUGCAGUUAUCGCGCUCGAGUUCAAGCCGACGAAAGAAAUGGUCGCAGAUGGGUUCACCAAGGCACUUCCAAGAGACAAGCACAGCAAGUUCAUCACGGGUCUGUGCAUGGCGGUGUAG